AUGUUGACGUCGACGGUUUUGGAACACGCGAUUGCCAACAAUGGUGAUUUAUGGGGUCUCCUUCAGCCGUAUGCUCAUUUAAACGCAGGAAGAGUCGCUUCGGGUGCUCUCGCCAUGCCUCGUUGGGAUUCCAUGUCUUCCGUUAGCACGGAUUCGACUCACACGUCUUCGAAAAAUUCAAAUAAAUCCUUGCAACAGUCACUGGUUACCACGUGCGUCGGAUCCACCGAUCAACUCCGUCAAUUGGUCAACAAAAUCACGGCUCUUCAACUUCACCGUCAGGUCAUCAGUUGGAGUUCGACCGCCAUAAACACUUUGUUUUAUUUCAUGAGGUGUUCUCAGCUGGAACACGGAGAUCACCAAAUACAAGAAUUAGUAUACGAAAGAACCUACGUCGUUUUACCGCCUUUGGUGGAAUGGGUGAGGGUGAGCAGUGCGCACGCCGAACACAGGCAUUCGGCAGUCAUAGAUCAGGACGACGUCAUGCAAGCUGCGAGGUUACUUUUACCCGGAGUCGAUUGUCCCGUCAGACAAUUGGGGCAAGAAGAAGGAGGCUACGAAUCGGAUAACGCGCGAAAA